GCGGGCCGGCAGAGCCGCGCUCGGCGCCCGCUCGGCAGCGCCUCCCGCCGCCCGGCACCAUGUGGCAGCCGGCCACGGAGCGGCUGCAGCACUUUCAGACCAUGUUAAAGACCAAGCUGAAUGUCCUAACUCUUCGGAAGGAGCCUCUCCCGACAGUGAUCUUCCACGAACCAGAAGCCAUUGAGCUGUGCACCACAACACCCCUCAUGAAGACCCGGGCUCACACUGGAUGCAAGGUUACAUAUUUGGGUAAAGUUUCCACAACAGGGAUGCAAUUUUUGUCAGGCUGCACAGAGAAACCAGUCAUUGAAUUAUGGAAGAAGCACACGCUUGCCAGGGAGGAUAUUUACCCAGCUAAUGCUCUUCUGGAAAUUCGCCCUUUUCAAGUCUGGCUGCAUCAUCUAGACCUCAAAGGCGAGGCAACAGUCCACAUGGAUACCUUUCAGGUAGCACGUAUCGCCUACUGCACUGCUGACCACAACAUCAGCCCAAACAUCUUUGCUUGGGUCUAUAGGGAGAUCAACGAUGACUUGUCCUACCAGAUGGACUGCCAUGCUGUAGAGUGCGAGAGCAAGCUGGAGGCCAAGAAGUUGGCUCACGCCAUGAUGGAGGCCUUUAAGAAGACUUUUCACAGCAUGAAAAGUGAUGGCCGGAUCCACAGGAAUAGUUCAUCAGAGGAAGUGUCUCAUGGAUUUGAAUCUGAUGAUGGCUGACUGAACUCAUUCAUGAUUCAGCAAAGGCAGAAAUGGCCUAGGGAAUCAGAGCUGAUAGAUGAAUAAGCAACAGUUGAAAUUGGGGAACAGAAAAGACUGCCAAACCCUUGGCUGACUAGCUUUUUAAAAUCAAGAGAGUAAUUUGGUACCUAAAGAUAUGCAUCAUUAAUUACAUUACAUUGAAACCUGCUGCUGUUGUAAACACAAGAAAAAAGCUUCCCCCUCUUUUGCCCCAGAUGUCUGGCACCCACUCAUUACUGCCCCUUUCUCAUCUCUGUAGUUCAGGUGCAUACUGCAAAGUAAACAUUCCUGUUUAUCUUAUAAGACUGGACAGGCAAUAUUAUUAGUUGCUCCUCUGGUGUUCCUACCUGGGGGGUGAUGAUGAUGAUGCAGAAGACUAAGUAGGCCUGGAAAACCCUAAUGGCUCCCAAAAAAAUCUCUCUCUCUGAUGCAUCACAAAAAUCAUUUGAUCAUACAUAGGCUAAGACAGCCAUACAUAGCCUCUUACACUAGUGGCCUGGCAUUCUGCAGUUAAUUCACAUUUCAUGGAUUAAAGAAUGAAAAAUGAUGCUUGUAUGUACACAUUAUAUCAUAUGCUAUCCUUUAUUUUAUUCAUUGUACCUGUUUUCUUAAUAUACCUGCUGCCACCUCUUUCACUCAGCACCAGUAGUUGCAGUUGCAGACUGAAGGAUACCAAAAAGGGUGGGCCAAACUCCCAUGGCGGCUUGAAGGACAGCAAGCCAGCACCCUUAUCUGGGUAUUUUCAAGACCUUAUUUGCUCCCCAAGUGAGUGGCCCACUGGUAAAGAGUUGAGGGACUCUUAAGUUUGUUGUCAGUGUUUGAACUGUGACUUCUCAUCAACCUCAGGUCUGAAGAUGGCAGCCUCAACUCUGUGUUCUCUUGGCCCUGGUUGGAUGGAGCUGGUGCUGCCUAGUCAGGAAGCCAGGGCUGUAUUACCAUAAAGAUCAAAAGGAACAGUCCAGUAGAAGCCAGAUUUGAAUAUCUGUUCUGGUUGAGAAGCUCAUUUUAAGAUUCUUGUACCUUUCCUUGUUCACAGAUAUAAAGAGUCAUGCCUUUCUUAAACGCAGAUGUUUAAUAAAACUCCGAUAAAAGGAAAAACUUGUUUCACUUAAUAUUUUUUAAGGCCAAGAGCAGAUCAAUACUUUGAAAGUAACGCUGCUCCUUUAUACAAUGCCAUUUGUAAUUUUGGUACUGUUAGGGGCACUGGGGCACCUUACAGAAGCCUUAAAAGAAAGCUAAUUGAAGCAGAUAGCUCACUGCCUAUGUUUUGUGGGUUUAUAUGUUUGUAUGUGAGUGUGUAUGUGCAAAUCCAGUGUUAAAGCAUGUAGAUUGAGCAUAGACAUAUACUGAGGAGGGCCCAGACCCCUUGAAAUUAUGCUUAUUGCUUUACAAUGUAUGUAAACUAUUCUGCAGCAUAAAUGCAUUCAUACUUUAAUAAAAAAAAGUUUGAGUUAAG